AUGCUUUAUGAGAGAAAUACAGUUCCGGACAACUGGGUUGCGGCUGAUUUUUUAAUGCGCUUACAAAGGAAUGUCAAUUUGCAAGUAUUUGACCUGUCAACUAUUAUGCUUUAUUCGGGGCUAGUCUUUCAACAACUAUGUAGGUAUGGCUUUCAUUUUUUUUCGCACUUUAAAAGCAUUUGCAUCUUUGUAACUUUCUUUGUCUUUCUGUUGUGGGAACGUGUAACUCCGUUAUACCUAUCCAUUGUCAUUCUUCUGGUAUCUGUGUUUACCUUCAUGCUGUGGUUCUUUUGGUCCUUAUCGUCAGAUGAACGGAAUAUUAAAGUCCGUAAGUCAGAUAGGUCUCGUUUUUUAACUUAUUUUUGCUGCGACCUGUCUAAACCCGAUCAUGUUUUAGUCUCAACUCCUUUGCGCACAGUUCUUAUAAUCCUGGUCUUUAGUUCGGCUUUGGCUCCUGUUCUACAUUCUCUUCUGGAUACUGUCUCGACGGAUACAAUUUAUGCGAUGACCGCCAUAUUUCUAUUUUUGAAUUUCGUUUCACUUCCUUACGCCAGCGGAAUGCGUCCUUCUCGAGGCGAUGGUACCGCUGACUCAAAUAUUGUCUCUGUGGCGACAGGGUUUCUCGCUUCACUUUGCAUGGCUAGUCGCCUACCAGGGCCUAAAGAAACGCUUCUCUUGAUUAUUUCUGCCACUCUUGUUUUCGCUACGUGGCCUACUAUUCGUCAUCGCAUACAGGUCCUCAAGGGCGUAAAGAGUCGACUUAGCUUUACUCUAGGAAUGGGUGUGACUGCAGCUUUGAGUCUUCUACCUUUUUUCCUUGAUGACGGGAUUGAAUCCGUCUACAAAGGUCUCAUUGCAGUUGCAACCCUUUUGUCAGCAGUCCUUAUCAAUUUCGCUUUACCUCUUAUCUUCUACGAGAUGCAGUCCACCAAGUCUAACAUAAAUGGUCCAUGGGAUGAGGCAGUUAUUGAACACUGA